UACAAAGCUGAGGCCACGCGCCAACUAUCGGACACCUCCUCCUACUUACCCCUGGACCAUGACCCCACUGACGAGCACCAGGCCACCAUCUCCAGCACCAUCACCAACUUCAUCCACUCCAAUGCCCUACCCGACCGAGCCUCCAACCUCAUCGUUCCCCAGCCCCGCACAGCCCGAUUUUACCUUCUCCCUAAAAUCCACAAACCUGACUGUCCCAGAAGACCCAUUGUCUCCGCCUGUUCGUGCCCCACCGAACUCAUUUCCAAAUACCUUGACUCCAUCCUAUCACCCUUGGUUAAAUCCCUCCCUACCUAUGUUCAAGACACCUCAGACACUCUCCGUCGUCUCCGCGCAUUCAACUCUCUAGGCCCUCACCCCCUCAUCUUCACCAUGGACGUCCAAUCACUCUACACCUCCAUCCCCCGCCACGAUGGUCUCAUACCCCUCCGGUUCUUCCUCGACCAGAGAAGCAACCUAUACCCAGCCACUGACACUCUCCUCCGCCUAGCGGAGCUGGUCCUUACCCUCAAUAACUUCACGUUCGACUCCUUCCAUUUCCUCCAAAUACAAGGCGUAGCUAUGGGCACACGCAUGGGCCCCAGCUAUGCCUGCCUAUUUGUAGGUUACGUCGAGCAAUCCUUGUUCAAUACAUACCAGGACCCCAUCCCCGACCUCUACCUCCGCUACAUCGACGACUGCUUUGGUGCCACCUCCUGCACCCGCACACAACUGACUGACUUCAUCCACUUCACCACUAACUUCCAUCCGGCACUCAAAUACACCUGGACCAUUUCCGACACUUCCCCACCAUUCCUUGACCUCACUAUCUCCAUUGCAGGUGAUAGACUUCUGACCGACUUACACUAUAAACCUACUGACUCCCAUGGCUAUCUGGACUACACUUCUUCCCACCCUACUUUCUGUAAGGACCCCAUUCCCUACUCCCAAUUCCUCCGUCUACGCCGCAUCUGCUCCACGGAUGAGGCGUUCCACACCAGGACAUCUGAAAUGUCCUCACUAUUCAGGGAACGGGGGUUCCCCUCCUCCACCAUAAAUGAGGCUCGCACCAGGGUCUUCCAACCUCAUCUAUUGCGUCCGCUGCUCUAGAUGUCAGCAGAUCUAUAUCGGUGAGACCAAGCGGAGGUUGGGCGAUCGUUUUGCCCAAACACCUCCGCUCGGUCCGCAAUAACCAAGCUGACCUCCCGGUGGCUCAGCACUUCAACUCCCCCUCGUACUCCGUCUCCGACCUCUCUGUC